AUUAUUAAUAUUCAUGCUUUUUGUUGAGUGCUGCAGUCGAUCGAACAAGCUUUAAGCGAUUUCCAAUAACAAAGAAAGAAAACCAGAGACAGUUUCCCAUCCUUGGUUUUAUUAGCUGAACACAAUUUUUACUUGGGUUUUACUUGUUUCAUCUUUCAACUUUUGCAAUCUUUGUGAUGAUUCUGGGCCGUGCUGUUGCUCUCUCUUCGCAAUUGUUAAUGGGACUGGGAAUCAUUUGAUGCCCACAAACUGCAAGUUGGCCUUUCAUCUCUUGAUUGGAAAUUGAUCAAACUUUUGACCGGUCAGUCGACGAUCUGAUUAAAGACAAGAUAUAGCAAUAUAAGGACAUGGGAUGCCUGGUGUCAACACCGAAAGAUACAGGUGGAAAUAGGAGGAGGCCAUCAAACAUUGGUGAAGUUUCUGUUUAUGUUCCUGGUCUGCGAAUACCUAAACCUGUCGAUUUCUCUCACUCACUUGGUGAUCACUUGUCCAAGAGCUUAGUAGAACGUCUAUCUGCUUUAAGAACUCGUAUAGUUGUGAUGGCUGGCCAAGAAGGUCCUACAAUCACGAGAACAAGGAGAAGAACCCAACACGGUGGUUCAACAUUAGCUGAUCUCCUGCAGGCUCUCGAGGAUUACUUACCUGUUCUUUUGGGAUUAAUGAAAGAUGGAAGCCAGCUACAACACAAGGUACAAUUUGUGUGGGUAAAUCAAGAGGAUGAUGCAGAGGAAACAACUAUGUCUAAUGCAUGGUACGAGGUGCUGUCAGUUUUGCAUUUAAUGGCAAUGCUCUCAUUAUCACAAGCUAACUUAUUACUUCUUCCGAGAACAUCUACUGACGGUCACCAGCCAAAAGUAUCAGAAGAGAGUAGACGGGCUUCGGUUGAUAUAUUCCUGAAGGCAGCAGGACACCUUGACUGUGCUGUCCGGCAUGUUCUCCCACAGUUGCCUAAUGAGCUCAAGAGAAACCUACCAGUCGACCUAGCAGAAGGAGUUCUUCGAGCUCUUUGCUUACAAGCACUAGGACAGGGUGUUGAUAUUCAACUUGGAAUGGCAAUUGAUAGUACAAAAGCCACUCUUGCAGUGAAGCGAAGGCUUGCAUGUGAGAUGGUAAAGUAUUGGCAGCAGGCUCAAGAUAACAUUAUGAAUCUUCCAUUAUUAAAUGGUUGGGGUGAGAAGCAUAAACUCUUUGUAAAGUGGAAAUAUGCUGAGGCAAAGGCUGGUGCAUAUUAUUAUCAUGGUUUAAUCCUCGAUGAGGGUAACACAGAAAAAUUUCAUGGAAUGGCAGUAGCUGCUUUGCAAGCAGCAGACGAGUAUUUUAAAGAAAGUAAGAAGGCAUGCGAGGCAUUUAAUGCUGCUCCCCCUUUGUCCAGGUAGUUAGAGGUCCGGUUUA